AUGGGGUUUGUGUUUCCCGGAUGGCCUCAUUCUUACUGUUAUUAUCACCUCAAACAGAAUUUGAUAUCAAAGUACCCAAAGUCAGGUUAUGAGAAACUGCUCCAAGACCGUGUUAUCAAUUUAUUUAGUAGAUGCGCAUAUGCUGUUACGGAGGAAGAGUUUAAGGUAGCAAUGGAGGAGUUGGUGAUUGUUGGGAGUUUGAAAGUGAAGGCAUUUAUAUCUGAUUUGUCUAGAGAUCACUAUGCCAACGCAUUUUUCAAAGGAAUGCGUUAUGGGGAGAUGGCAAACAGUUUAGCGGAGUCCUUUAAUAAUUGGGUUGGUGUGUUUCGAGAUUUGCCGGUGCUACCUUUGAUAGAAGGGAUUCGACAGAAAUUGAUGGUAUUGAAUUCUCAACGACGAUUUGAAGCGGAGAAGUGGACAACAGUUUUGUGUCCGGAGAUGGAAACUAGACUCUGUGAAAAUGCGGAGGCCGGUAGGACUUGGGCAGUUCGUCGUUCUAAUUGCACUGUUUUUGAAGUAUUUGCUGAUUAUUCUGUGAUGGUUGAUCUCGAGCAAAGGACUUGUUCUUGCCGUCUUUGGCAAAUUGACGGUUUUCCUUGCACACAUGCGGUGGCUGCAAUCCUAGCAAAGAGAGAUUCAGUUUAUGAUUACGUGGAGUGUUACUACAAAACCGACUUCUUUCGAAAAGCCUAUGAGAGUCCUAUUUUUCCUAUUCCAGAUAUUGGGAAAGGAUUGGGCAGCAAUGGUUCUGCAGCUGGAGUUGUGCUUCCGCCAAUUACAAAGAGGCCAGCCGGAAGACCACCAACAAAGAGGAUCAAAGUUUUUGGUGAAUUUAAAAGGCCAUUGAAAUGCAGUCGGUGA